AUGGCUGACACGGGCUGGCCAGGCUGUGCGAAGAGUUUGAAAGGUGUUAUUUUGGACUUGUGUGGAGUUUUGUAUGACAGCGGGGAAGGCGACGGAGUUGCCAUUUCUGGCUCGGUGGAAGCUGUGAAGAGGUUGAAAGCAUCAGAUCUGCAGCUGCGCUUCUGCACCAAUGAGACUCAGGCGACCAGAGAGAAGUUUGUAGCCAAACUCAGACGAUUGGGUUUUGACAUUUCUGAGUCUGAGGUUUUCCCUCCUGCGCCUGCAGCCAUUGCUGUCCUGAAGGAGAGAGGUUUACGUCCCCACCUGCUGGUGCAUGAUGGACUUCGUCCAGAGUUUGACGGUGUUGACAAGACCAACCCGAACUGCGUGAUCAUUGGAGACGCAGCCGAACAUUUUUCUUACCAGAACCUGAAUGAGGCUUUCAGGGUCCUUAUAGGGCUGGAGAAACCAGUGCUGUUCUCUCUUGGACAAGGGAGGUAUUAUAAGGAGACGGAUGGGUUGAAAUUAGACGUUGGUGUUUACAUGAAGGCUCUUGAGUAUGCGUGUGAUUUAAAGGCUGAAGUAAUUGGGAAGCCAUCCCGGACUUUCUUCCAGAGUGUUCUGAACGACAUGGGACUCGAACCACAUGAGGUUCUGAUGAUCGGGGAUGAUCUCGUAAACGACGUGGGAGGAGCUCAAUGUUGUGGCAUGAAAGGUGUUCAAGUCAGGACUGGUAAAUACAGGCCGAGUGAUGAGAGGCACCCAGCAGUGACUGCUGAUGGCACCGCAGACGACGUCGCUCAGGCUGUGGAUCUCAUUCUUAGUCAGAGGGGGCAUUGAAUUAAAAAGACCCCGAGGACCCUCCUCCUGAUCCAA